UAUAGCCACCCUGCCCCAAGUUCGUCAUAGUGAGCUAGCAACAUGGGACCGAAAGCCAAGAAGAAGGAGCUCGAGCCUGAGGACAACGGCGUGACGCGACCUAUGGUCGUGGCCAGCUACACAAAGAUGUGCAGGGCGAUUGGUGUGCCCAUGAAUUCGCACGUGUCCGACAUGAUCAAAGGCAAGGGCGAAGAGGCCGAUGAGAAGUUGACGCAGAUAUUACUUGACGAGGAGUUUGGCAACUUGGGCAACGGGGGCAUCCGAGCCAUGACGUGUGCGUUCCUCGGCACUGUGCCACACAGCAACACGGGGCCGUAUCAGCAUCUCGCGAACGUUCGCGUGUGGAACAAUCCGAUUGGGGACGAAGGCGCGUCGGCGAUUUCAACUUUGCUUUGCGAGGGCCAUGCACUGGUAAACGUCGUGUACGUCGAGCUCAUGGAUUGCGACAUUGGUCCAGAAGGGUGUGCAAUGUUGGGCAACGCUGUCAAAGCCGAACACAAAUCGCCUUUGCAAACGUUAAAGCUGAAUUGCAACAAUAAAAUUGGCGACGACGGCGUGACUGCGUUGUGUCAAGGGCUAUUUGAAAACAACGCGAUCAAGCAACUGCACUUAGAUUUUUGCAACAUCUCGAGCAACGGGGCGGUAGUUCUGGCCCAGCUCCUGUGCAUGGCCAAGAGUGGCUUGCAAACUCUAAGUCUUCAAGGGAACGUGUUGGGGGAUCCGGGGCUGUUGAAUUUGUCCAAGGGGCUCAAGCGGUCCCAGUCUCUUGUCAAGCUCAACAUUUCCGACAAUGGCAUUCGAAAGGAUGUAGAAGCGCUAAAGACGUUCCGCGACGCCAUCCUACGCUGCAAAACGCUGUCGACGAUCAAGUUUUCGUUCAACUUGAUUGAUGUUGAAGGGGCAGACAUUUUACUGCCAGCCCUGGAAUCGGCUGAAGGGGCACGAAUCAAAGUAUUUGAAGUCGAUGCGUCACUCCCCCCCGAAGUGUUUAAAAAGCUCAAUCGCAGCGAAAAGGUCGACUCGAAAAAGAAAAAGGGCGGCAAAAAAGGUGGAAAAAAGAAGUAGAUGUGGCGGCCCAUGAAUAAAUAAAUUCUACUAGUACUACGUAUUAAUAGUAGUAACUACUAGAAUUCUGAAGUACAAUUAAUAGUAUAACGUUACUUGUUC